AUGGCGGAGGGGGAGGUUAACUACGCUUCAGUUGUAUUCAAAAGUAAUAAUCAUCCUCCACCCCAUGCUAGAAAGGAGGAGGAAACUGUGUACGAUGAAGUGAAGGGGCAGAGUAAAAAAACUGAAGAAACUGCUGACACAAACGGAUCCUUGCUAGAAAAUAAAGCAAACAACAAAUGUCUCCGGUAUCAGCGGCUGGCCUGUUGUUUGGGGAUCCUUUGUGUCAUUCUGCUGUUGGGCAUCAUAGCAGUCAUCGUCCUCUACCACCAAAGCAAGAUCACAAACCUGACUGUAGAGGUCCAGAACCUGACAACACGAAACCUGCAGCUGAACUCACAAAACCAGCAGCUGGAGACACAGAGGAACAACUUAACAGAACAAAUAAAAAACAUGAGAACGAACUGGAAUGAGCAAAACGUCAGCCGAGCUCAGUGGAGCAUUGAUGCCUACUGCCCCAAACCAAAUGACGUGAGACAGUGUAACGCUUGUCCGAAUGGCUGGUUACCCAUCGGGUCCAAGGCAACCAACUGUUAUGCGUAUAAUAACGCUGAUCCUCCUAAUCAGAAAACCUGGGAAGAAGCUCUAGAAGACUGCAGAGGAAAGGGUUCAGAUCUGGUUGUUGUACAUAGUCAAGAGGAAAAGAAUGCACUGAAUGAAUACAGCGUGGGUAGUUCAGGAACUAAUGGAUACUGGUUUGGCCUGAAAGCUGAAGGUGGGAGAUGGAAGUGGAUUGAUGGAAGUGAUCUGACUGUAAGCGACUGGACACCACAACUACCUCCUCCUGCUGCUGAUGGUCAGUGUGUAAUGUCUGUCCAGACCAAUAAAUGGAUAUCAGUGAGCUGUACUGAGAAAAAACAAUGGAUCUGCAUAAGGAAGGCUUUAUCUGUUUAAACAC